UAGUAUAGCGUGGAAUUUUGAAUUUGAGAAUCAUAGUAGAAAAAUGAGUUCCCACUCACACCUGAUGACCCCUUCAACCUCCCUACUUCUCUCCAAAACCCGCUCACACCACCACCACAGCCUUAGCACUUACCACUUCUCAAAACGGUAUCGUUCCCGCCAGAUUCUAUGCCGCGCCAAAACCACCGUGUCCUCCGAAUCCGAAUCUCAAUCCUCCUUCCCGAUUCUCACCACUGUUUCCAUUCCUUUCUCUCAGCUCAAAGAUAAGAACUCCGACUUGUCGUUGAAGAUUGAUGAAGGAUUCGGACGCAAUGGAUUGGGGAUCCUCUCCGUCACCGAUGUUCCGGGAUACCCUUCGUUGCGUGCAAAUCUUCUGCGUCUUGCUCCAAGAUUGGCCAAUCUUCCUAAAGAAGUGAAAGAGGACCUUGAGGACCCUCAUAGUAGGUACAAUUUUGGUUGGAGUCAUGGGAAAGAGAAACUUGAAACUGGAAAGCCUGAUCUAUUGAAAGGAUCUUUCUAUGCCAAUCCCAUUCAUGAUACUCCCACAUCAGAGCCAUCUUUGAUUCAACGGUAUCCAUCAUAUUGUGGAUCAAAUAUAUGGCCCAGCAGUGCACUACCAGAACUCGAAGUGGCUUUCAAAGCUCUUGGGAAGCUCAUGUUUGAUGUUGGAUUGAUGUUGGCAUAUCACUGUGAUCAAUAUGUAUCUAAAGGGAAGAAAAUCAACAAGGAUGAAGGUCUGAAACCAAUACUUCAUCGCUCCCGCUGUCACAAAGGACGUUUGCUGUAUUAUUUUCCUUCACAACAAGGCAUCCAAGAUGGUAACUCUGUCUCUUCUUGGUGUGGAUGGCAUACAGACCAUGGUUCAUUGACAGGUCUGACCUGUGGUAUGUUUAUGAGAGAUGGUAUAGAGAUACCUUGCCCUGAUAGUGCUGCCGGCCUUUAUAUCCGAACAAGAAGUGAUCAAAUCGUCAAAGUUGUCUAUGGAAAAGAUGAUAUAGCUUACCAAAUUGGUGAAACAACUGAAAUACUUUCUGGUGGUUAUCUUUGCGCAACCCCUCAUUGUGUGCAGGCUCCUAAGGGGAAGGACACUGCUGGAAUUGAACGAUCAACAUUUGCAUUAUUCAUGCAACCUGACUGGGACGAAAGACUCGGUUUUCCUGAGGAAGUUCAUAUCCAUAAAGAGCUCAUUGCAUCAAAUGCUUCCCUUACUUUUGGAGAGUAUUCAGAGAUACUGCUUGACAAAUAUUACCACCGGAAAAAGUAAAGGCUACUUGAAGUAAUUGGGCGUUGGGCGUCUCAUAUUGAAAAACUAUUAAUCCGAGGGAGUUACAUAAAUAAAUUUGUAAAGGCAGCUGAGUCUUGGCACAGAUAAAAGAUUUGUAGGUUUCUCAUCAAGUUGCAUCGAAGUCCAAAUCUCAAGAGUGGAAUAUAGAACCUUUUCAGUGUGUGACUGUGUAGUAAGAUAAAAGGAAAAGAAUGAAAAAUAAAUAAAGAUAUAUAUAUGUAUGCAUGUAUGUAUGUAUUUGGAUAAAAUGUAAAGAUGUUAUUGCUAUUGGAGAAUAGCAAAAUCAAAGGAAAACGAAAAGGAAGAUUCAUUUUGCCUCCUGGAUUCAAGAAAAAUAUUUCCAAAACUAACUGGAAAUCUGGAAUAGGCACAUAACUCGGGGGCAGAAACAUAGCCCGUGUAUUUAGAUGAUGUUUUAGGGGAAUGUGAGAAGCUACUAUGCUGGAGUGAAAAAGAGAGAAAAGAAAAAUAAGGUAGCAUUUCUUUAAUGGCCUAAAAUUUCCAUUACUCUUCUUAGAUAUGGACUAGUUAGAAAAGAUGAAUUUUACUGUGCUA